ACAUAAAAAAAGAUCCAAGGCCCCUACCACAUUUCGACCGCGCAGACCAGGUCCAAAGGGCUCAGAUUUGAGAUUCUCAAACGACUAUUAACUCAACCCUUCCGUCUUAAACCCCCCCGUGCCUUCCUCAUCUCAAACUCGAAAAAAAAUAUACGUCUCUCAUUCUCGUCGCAGGUCGCCCGUACAUCGAAAAAGCUUCCACCCCUCAGCCGCAGUCAGCCUACUCUAUUGAUCGCAGCAUUCACCCGAGGGUAUCUCUUCAUUUACCGACCGAACGAAACGGGAACGAAAUCAUCGCGACGAAAGAGAUUAGAUUUGUUUUUAAAAAGUGUUGUUGUUGCAGCCUUUUUAUUCACACCUUUUCGCUCGCUGAAGCUUUUUAUUUCCCUUCAGUCCUCCGGUUUACCUUUUACUUUAAAUCCUUCUCUUAAUUUAACCAAACCGCGAUUAGACGGUUUUGUUUCUUCUUUUUUUUAUUCUUCUUCUACUUCUUCUACUUCUUCUUCCUCACUCCUCUUCACAUACAUUUCAGAAGAUUCGUGUCGAGUUCUUGCUGGCCUCGAACCCCUCGAACGUGAACUGUUCCAUCUGGCUUUAUCUGGGAGCAGGCCCUCCAUCUGAACAUCAACCCCAUCAUUUCAUAGAACAUCCCCACGAUACCGAUACCAAUUCAUUUCUCCGACGCUCGCUUCAAUCUUCGAAAUUUCAAGGAUACUAUCUAUUGCCUCAUUGCCGUUGCUGGAAUUUCCGUUGAUUCAAACAUCAAUCAAUACGUGCCAUACUUCGAUACAUUGUGUUCUUCAGCCUUACGGCCCUGCCGGCGUUCCUAUUUCCUUAUCGAUUCAGUUGAUAUCUUAUCACUUAAAACAAGUCCUUGAGUCGUUGUUUCGACUCAAUUGAAUGGCGCAUAUGAUGUAUUCCCAACACCAUGCGACGAUGGCUCCUCCACAAAAACCAGAGACCUUCAUGCUGAGCAGUGAAGCACAACAAAGUCUUCCUCAAGAUGCUCAAGUAGCCCUUCAACAAGUCGACAAUCGUAAGUAUAAAUGAGCAAUACACAUAAGCAUCUUACUGACUUGGUGGCAGUAAAAUACUUUUUAAUAUCUGCUCCUGUUGAUUGGUCGCCGGAUCAAUACAUCAGACGAUUUCUCCUUCCAACUGGUGAAUACGUUUCCUGCGUGUUAUGGUAUAGUGAAGCGUUUCUUUAUUAAGAGUGUAGUGGAGCUAAUGAUCGAAUAGGAAUAACCUCUUUCACAUUUCUGGUACUGACAUUGUAAGAUGCCUGUCCUUCCGAUUCCAAGCCUUUGGUCGACCGGUCAAGAACUCAAAGAAAUUUGAAGAGGGUAUCUUCUCCGAUCUGCGAAAUUUAAAAUCUGGGACCGAUGCCUCCCUUGAGGAGCCAAAGAGUGGCUUCCUCGAUUUCUUAUACAAGAACAACUGCAUACGAACUCAAAAGAAACAAAAGGUCUUCUAUUGGUAUAGUGUGCCCCACGAUAGGUUGUUCUUGGAUGCACUUGAGCGGGAUUUGAAGAGGGAGAAGAUGGGUCAGGAGGCUACAACUGUUGCAGUCAAUGAACCAGCCUUAUCUUUCGAAUUCGACUCAUCGCAAUCAUUGUUUGAGCAACUCACAAAAGCCCAGCAAGCUAACUCUUCAUCAUUCUCUGCGCAACAACCUUCAUAUAACCCAUCACAAUCAACAUCCCCAGUCAUGCGAGCGAUAGAUUCAAUGCCCCCUCCACAGAUGAUUCCACAAGCUAUGGCAAUGCCAGAAGAGAUGAGCCAUAUGGCAACUUAUCAACAAAUGACGAUGCAGCAACCACAAAUGCAACCACAUCAGCAUCAUCAACAGCAGAUGCAACAAGUUAAGAGGGAACCAGAUUUCAACCGCGUUCAAUACAACCAGAAUGGUGUCCCGAUCGGACAAACACAUCAGCGACAUGCCUCCAUGCCUGCAUAUGGAUUGGAGUACUCUCCCGCUCCAUCAUUUGUUUCAUCACACUACGAAGAUUACAGUGCUCGUGGUAUCUCAUUUGAACCCAUUACUCCACCUCAACAAGCGCUUGGAAUGGGAGCUGAGCCAGCUUAUAUCGCCAAUGAAGAAACUGGUCUCUACACAGCAAUUCCGGAUCACAUGGGUGGUGUUAAUGGCCUACACACGAUGAUGCAGUUACCCCCAUCAAACUUGUCUGGCCCACAAUUUUCGCAUGCAACCAGAGGUUAUGGAGCAAACAAUGUCUAUUCAGUGAUUGAGGGAUCUCCAACUUACAAGCAAAGAAGGCGCCGCUCGUCUAUUCCACCUGGAGUCGCAUCCAUCGUUGCAGCUGCGGCAGCAGCUGGUCAACAUUCUCACCCGGCUCACAGACCGUCGGACCUAAGGAGAUCGGUCUCGCAUUCUGUUGGGCCCGUAGCUGAGGGCGACGAGUCGGGCGAAAACUCCCCACCUGGGCUUACGUACAGCAACCAAAUACCCCAUCAAAUGACACAUCACAAAGAACUCGUUGAUUUCUCCCGACAUGGAACCCCACUUUCUACCGUCGAGGAUUCUCCACACGUGAACCCAAUGUCCUUGCAACAAUCAGACUUUCAAUUAAAUAAUGAUGAUCUUUCAGGGGAUAGUCUACUAGAUCACUCACCUCAACGAGGACACAUGCAAGGACCUGGUGGAGUAGUGCGAAGAGCACGAAGCGCCACGAUGAUGGAACUUGGUCCCUAUCCCCAAAAGUCACACUCAUGCCCAAUCCCCACUUGUGCCCGUCUGUUCAAGCGUUUAGAACAUCUUAAACGGUAUGUUCCAUACUUUCAUUUUUCAUCAUUUCAUUUGUCCGGCUGUAGAUCAAGCCGCUGACCUACCCCUCUCCAGACAUGUGAGAACCCAUACACAAGAAAGACCCUACAUCUGCCCACACUGCAGCAAAGCAUUUUCCCGCUCAGACAACCUAGCCCAGUAUGUAACACAUUAUUUGAAUUUCAUCCUAUCCACAAAAAGCACAGCACAGCACAGCAUCCAUCGCCUCAAUUCGAUGAAGGGUAUUUAGAACAUGAACUAACAAUGAUUUAAUAGGCAUCGUCGCACACAUGAUCGUGGUGAUGGAUCUGAAGGUGCCUAUGGUAGCUACAGUGGUGAAGACGAAGAUUUCGAGGGAGAAGAUCAUCUUGGAUCUCUUGAAGACGCAUCCCCAAAUUCGGAAAAUGGCUAUCUCCCACAAAGCAUGACCUCAAAUUUUCACGGCAUGCCUAUGUCAAUGGGAAUGAUGAAUUCUGGUAUGGCUGCCCCCAGUCAGCUUAUCAACACACAUCAACUCAUGCAACAACCAAUAUAGAGUUCUCCCCAAACUCGCCGUCAUCUGAAUUAUAAAAGUCUCUCGAUGUCAUUCUAUUCACCAUUUAGUCAACUUUGACACCAUCCACUACCCCACUUGUAUAUGAUUAUUUUAGUUAAUUUUUUCUCUAUUUUGUUUUCAUUGCAUAGCUUUGCGAGUUCUAUGUAUGCUAGACAUUGCCAUCGGCUCGCUUCAAGUUUUCUAUUUACCUAUCUCUCUUUUAGUUUUUCUUUGAUGCGGCUUUUCUAUCGGCGCUAUGGCCUGUCGUGUUGGUUGGAGCUACUUGGGAUUACUCUGAUGAUCAUGAUGGAUUUCUUUAUGAAGCUUUCAACACCCUCGCCAUCUUUGUGAGUUUGUUCGGACAUUUGGGAAAAAUCGGGUGCUUGUAAGGGAAUGAAGGAACAGAAAUUUCUCGGACUGGUUGGAGCGGGUUGGCAGUGGCAAUUAAUGCAAGGUGGAUAUCUUGCUUGUUUUGCCUUGUCUUGCCAUUGGUUGAUAAACUAUUGUGCUCUUUUAUCUUCUCUUAUGAAGUAGAUGAACGCCUAGACUGGGACUAGUUUUGUAUGCGAUAUGCAAUGUGAUUUCUAUUUUACGGGGUUCCUCUGGGUUGGGUCGGUCGGCUAGGGUUGAGGUGGCGGUUUUCUCGUGGCGAUCUGUGCAUUACACACUGAGAGGAAGAAGGAAAUCAGGCACGCGGAAAUGGAUCGCUUUAAGGUGAAGGAGACGAGAGAUGAAUCUCCUUAUGUACAAUCAAAAAUGUUUCCGUCUGUGUUAUCUUUUUUUCCCUUGGUAUUAGGAUUGUGCGAUGUAGAUCUUGAUCGAUUGAUUUGAGAUGAGAUGAGAUGAGUUCAGUGCAGGUUGAUAAAAAAAUGCAUAGGAGAUGAGAUGAGAUAAGAUGAGAUGGAGAGAAUUUA